CUUGCAGUGGCUCAGUGGUGCCUGCAACUCUGUUGGUCAUACUUCUUCCAGGUUCCUUCUCCUUUCAGCCAUGGCUUUUAAAGUUCUUCUGUUAACAGUCUUGACUUCAUGUCAUGGGUUCAACCUGGACACUGAAAAUCCUGUGAUGUUCCAACAGAGUGCGAGGGGCUUUGGACAGAGUGUGGUCCAGGUUGGUGAAUCCCGGGUGGUUGUUGGAGCCCCCCAGGAGACAAAGGUUGCUAACCAAACAGGUGGCCUGUACCAGUGUGACUACAGCACCAACAGGUGUGAACCCAUCCACCUGCAGGUACCCCCAGAGGCUGUGAAUAUGUCCUUGGGCCUGUCCUUGGCUGCAGCGACCAACCCCUCCCAGUUGCUUGCCUGUGGCCCCACUGUGCACCAAGCAUGUAAGGAGAACAUGUACGUGAAUGGCUUCUGCUUCCUGUUUGGCUCCAACCUGCGGCAGCAGCCUCAGCAGUUCCCACGGUUCCUCAGAGAAUGUCCUCAGCAGGAGAGUGACAUUGCCUUCUUGAUUGAUGGUUCUGGUAGCAUCAACCCCAGUGAUUUUCAGAAGAUGAAGGAGUUUGUCUCAACUGUGAUGGACCAGUUCAGAAAGUCCAAAACCUUGUUCGCCCUGAUGCAGUACUCCGAAGACUUCCGGACUCACUUCACCUUCAGCAAAUUCAAGAAAAACCCUAGCCCAGGGUCACUGGUGACCCCAAUAGAACAGCUGUUUGGGAGGACACACACUGCCACGGGGAUCCACAAAGUAGUAACAGAACUUUUUCAGAGUACCAGUGGAGCCCGAGAGAAUGCUGUUAAGAUCCUAGUUGUCAUCACAGAUGGAGAAAAGUUUGGCGAUCCCUUGGACUAUGUGGAUGUCAUCCCUCAGGCAGACAGAGCUGGGGUCAUUCGCUAUGUCAUUGGGGUCGGAGAUGCCUUCAACAGUGACAGAUCCCGCCAAGAGCUUAAUGCCAUUGCAUCUAAGCCAGCUCGUGAUUAUGUGUUCCGGGUAAACAACUUUGAAGCUCUGAAGACCAUUCAGAGCCAGCUUCAGGAAAAGAUCUUUGCAAUUGAAGGUACACAGACAGGAAGUACCAGCUCCUUUGAGCAUGAGAUGUCACAGGAGGGCUUCAGUGCUGCCAUCACUUCUAAUGGUCUCUUGCUGGGCUCUGUGGGGAGCUUUGACUGGGCAGGUGGAGCCUUUCUCCAUACAUCAAAGGAUGGAGUCACCUUCAUCAACACCACCAGAGUGGAUUCAGACAUGAAUGAUGCUUACCUGGGUUAUGCUUCUGCAGUCAUCUUGAGGAACCGAAUCCAAAGUCUGGUUCUGGGAGCACCUCGGUACCAGCACACUGGCUUGGUGGUGAUGUUCAGACAAAAUUCUGGUAUCUGGGAGCCUCACACUAAUAUCAAAGGCAUCCAGAUUGGCUCCUACUUUGGGGCCUCCUUGUGCUCUGUAGACAUGGAUGGAGAUGGCAGCACUGACCUGAUUCUCAUUGGAGCCCCCCAUUACUACGAUAAGACCCGAGGGGGGCACGUGUCUGUGUGUCCCUUGCCCAAGGGGCAGAGGGCUCGGUGGCAGUGUGAGGCUGUGCUCCGUGGUGAGCAGGGCCACCCCUGGGGCCGCUUUGGGAUGGCUCUGACAGUGCUGGGAGAUGUGAACGGAGACAAGUUGACAGAUGUGGCCAUUGGAGCCCCAGGAGAGCAGGAGAACCGGGGUGCUGUCUACAUUUUUCAUGGGACAUCAGUUGCCAGCAUCAGCCACUCCCAUAGCCAGCGGAUUGCAGGCUCCCAGCUUUCCCCCAGGCUCCAGUACUUUGGUCAAUCCCUGAGUGGGGGCCAGGAUCUCACAAUGGAUGGACUAACAGACUUGACUGUGGGGGCUCAGGGAAACAUACUACUGCUCAGGGCCCGGCCUGUGCUAAGACUUGAGGCCACCAUGAAUUUCACUCCCAGCAAAGUGGCCAGGAGUGUAUUUGAGUGUCAAGAACAGGUGGCAGGAAUCAAAGCUGCUGGGGAGGUCAGAGUCUGCCUCCGUGUCCGCAAGAAGACGCGGGAUCGACUGAGAGAAGGUGAUAUCCAGAGCAUCAUCACUUAUGACCUAGCCCUGGACCACAGCCGGCCCAAGGCCCGUGCCAUCUUUGAAGAGACAAAGAACAGCACACGCAGACAUACACAGACCAUUGGGCUGGCACAGACGUGUGAGACCUUGAAGCUGCAGUUACCGGGUUGUGUGAACAACUCUGUGAACCCCAUUAUCCUGCGACUCAACUAUACUCUGGAGGGGAGGCCCUUGUCCUCUUUUGGUGACCUUCGGCCAGUUCUAGCCAUGGAUGCUCAGAAAUCCUUCACAGCCCUGUUUCCCUUUGAGAAGAAUUGUGGCAAUGACAGCAUUUGCCAGGAUGACCUCAGCAUCACCUUCAGUUUCAUGGGCUUGGAUACUUUGGUGGUGGGAGACUCCCAAGACUUCAACAUAAAGGUGACUGUAAGAAAUGAGGGUGAGGACUCCUAUGGGACUCAAGUCACCAUCUACUUUCCACCUGACUUGGACUUCCGGAAGGCAUCAGUGGUCCAGAACCAGCACUCACAGAGACCUUGGCACCUGGGCUGUGGGUCUAGCUCUUCCCCUGAAGGGCAGAGGACUUUGAACAGCAUCACUUGUAGUAUCAACAAACCCAUCUUCCCUGGUAACUCACAGAUCACCUUUAAUGUCACAUUUAAUGUGGACACUGAUGCUUCCCUUGGACACAAACUGCUCCUCAAGGCCAAUGUGACCAGUGAGAACAACGUGUCCAGGACCCACAAAACUGAGUUCCAACUGGAGCUUCCUGUGAAGUAUGCUGUGCACAUGGUCAUCACCAGCAGUGAGAUUUCUACCAGAUACCUCAACUUCACAGCCUCAGAGAUGAGCAGUCAGUUUAUACAGCAUCAAUAUGAGUUCAAUAACCUCGGCCAGAGAAGCCUCCCAAUCAGUGUGGUUUUCUGGAUUCCUGUGCAGCUGAACCAGGCGUCCAUAUGGGACCACCCCCAGGUCAUCUUCUCCCAGAACCUCUCUAGUGCAUGUCACACUGAAGAGAAAUUACCUCUGCGCUCUGACUUUCUGGAUGAGUUUAAGAAAACUGCUGUGCUGAACUGCUCCAUUGCUGUCUGUAAGAGAAUCCAGUGUGACAUCCCAUUUUUUGGCAUGUGGGAAAAAUUCAGUGUCACCCUCAAAGGCAACCUCUCGUUUGACUGGUAUUCCAAGACUUCCUAUAACCACUUUCUGGUGGUGAGCACAGCCGAGAUCUUGUUUGACAACUCUGUGUUUGCCCUGCUCUCAGGACAGGGGGUAUUUGUGAAGUCCCAGACAGAAACUAAAGUGGAGCCAUACAGAGUUCACAACCUUGUACCACUCAUUGUGGGCAGCUCCAUUGCAGGGCUGGUGCUCCUGGCCCUUAUCACUGCUGGACUGUACAAGCUUGGCUUCUUCAAACGGCAGUAUAAGGACAUGAUGAAUGAAGCUGAUCCUCAAGCAGCCCCACCUCAGUAAUGACCUCAUCUCCAUGGAGUGGCCGCUCCAACAGCAAGCAGGACUUUGGUCAGACCAACAUUCUGGUCUCUAGGCUGCUGGACAGACAGUCCUUUAGGAGACUGGGGAAGUGAUGCCUCAUGCAGGAGAGACCUGUUCAGGUCCUUCGUCUCCCCUCUCCCUCCCUCCCCCCCCCCCUCUUUCUCUGGUUUUAUGAGGCUGGGACAUUUCUUGCAUGUAAGCAAUGGAUUUAUUACAACCUCUUAGGGAGAAGGGGCUUUCUUAAGCUUCCUUGUGUGUGAGGACAUGCUGAUGGGCCCUCUCCUGAGAGAGGCACUGGCAGCCCUUGUGGGUGAGCAAAGGGAAAUGAUAUGGCUGCUGCCCUUGCUGAAGGAAGUGAGACGUCCUUGCAUGGGUGAUCCAUAGAUGUUCAGGAGCUCAAGCAGCCAAUACUAAGAGACAGAAGAAGCCAAGCAAACAACAGAGAAGUGGUAAACAGCUUAUCCAAGUGCAUUUCACACUAGAGCUAAUGGGCCCAAUAAAGAAGUCCAGUGAAAAAUAGCAUUCUCCCUUCACCUAUUCAUUUGUUAUUUAGUGUUACUUUUAACUUUUGAAUCAAUAAACCUGUCCAUAGUCUAAAA